AUGAAGCAGCAGGGCUUGGGCGGCGUGCGGUUCGAGUCGCAGCGCUUCCGGCUGCUCUCCAUCGUCGUCGGCUGCUUCCUCAUCUCCGUCACCUUCCUCCUCUCCACCCGCCCCGACUCCACCGUCUUCGACACACUGAGCCCCAAGAUGGCGUGGUUGGAGGAGACGCGGAGCACGCCGGUGAGGUCGGCCGUCAAGACCGUCAAGCCCUCCUCCUCCUCCCUGCCCCGCGGCUUAGGCCGGGAUUUCCUGGUGGACGUCGCGCCAAAGCAGGGAGACGCCCAUGGACGGCAGCCGGAGCAGAGCGCCGGCGAGAAGACAGAGACGGAAUGGGUGAAGGACACGGUGAUAAUCCAGGAGAGCAGCGCCGUCGCCGCCGAGAGGGCAGAGCAGGAGGAGGCAGAGCAAGGCCACGGCGCCGACGCCGGCGCCGGCGAGGACGCUACACCAGGUGCGACGGAGGAGGUGGUCCGCGACGACGUCGUGCGGCCCACGGCGGCCGUGAUCACCGCGCGUCCGGCCGUGGAGACGACGCCGACGCCUGCGACGACGACGACUCGGCACGACCAGGACCAGCUGCUGCCAAUGCCAGAGGGGGAGACGCGUAAGGCCGGCGGCCGGAUGAUGAAGCUCCAGGCCGAGCCGGCGACGACGGAGCCGCAGCAGCUGCCGACGCCGGGGAGGUUGGAGACGCCGGAACCGGAACGUGCCGCCCGGGACCAACCGCAGCAGCAGCCUCUGCCGCCGCUGUGCGACUUCUCCGACCGCCGCAGCGACGUCUGCGACUUCACCGGCGACAUCCGCAUGGACGCCAACGCGUCGUCGUUCGUCGUGGUCGUCGACGCCGCGACGGCCGCGCAGUCGCACAAGGUGCGGCCGUACCCGCGCAAGGGCGACCAGACGUGCAUGGGCCGCGUGCCCGAGAUCACCGUGCGGACGACGUCCUCCUCGUCGACGCCCCCGCCGCCGCAGUGCACCAGGACGCACGGCGUGCCGGCCGUGACGUUCUCGAUCGGCGGGUACACGGGCAACAUCUUCCACGACUUCUCGGACGUGCUCGUCCCGCUCUACAACACGGUGCACCGGUACCGCGGCGACGUGCAGCUGGUGAUGGCGAACGUGGCGCCCUGGUGGCUGGUCAAGUACGACAAGCUCCUCCGCGAGCUCUCCCGCCACGCGCCCCUCGACCUCGCCGCCGCCGCCGCCAAAGGGGAGACGCACUGCUUCCGGCACGCGGUGGUGAGCCUCCGCGCGCACCGGGAGCUGAUCAUCGAGCGCGACCGCAGCCCGGACGGCCUCGCCACGCCGGACUUUACCCGGUUCAUCCGGCGCGCGCUCUCCCUGCCCCGCGACGCGCCCACACGCCUCGCCGACGGCACGGGCCGCAAGCCCCGGCUGCUGAUCAUCGCGCGGCACCGGACCCGCAUCCUGCUGAACCUCGGCGACAUGCUGCGCGUGGCGGAGGAGGCCGGGUUCGAGGCGGCGGUGAGCGAGUCGGACGUGGGCGACUCCAUCUCGCGCGUCGGCGCGGAGAUCAACUCCGCCGACGUGCUGCUGGGCGUGCACGGCGCCGGACUGACCAACAUGAUGUUCCUGCCGCCGGGGGCGACGAUGGUGCAGGUGGUGCCGUGGGGCGGGCUGCAGUGGAUCGCGCGCAUGGACUACGGCGACCCCGCCGAGGCCAUGGGGCUCCGGUACGUGCAGUACGAGAUCGGCGUGGAGGAGAGCUCGCUCAAGGACACGUACUCGAGGGGACACAAGAUCUUCACCGACCCGACGUCGCUCCACAAGAAGGGCUUCGGCUUCAUGCGCCACACGCUCAUGGACGGCCAGAACAUCACCCUCGACCUCGGCCGCUUCCGCGGCGUGCUCCAGCAGGCGCUCAGCAACUACCUCGUGCAGUAG